AUGUUGUUCCGGAAAAUAAUAGAUUAUAUAAUUAAAUUUAUUAAUGAUAAAAUAUCGCUUUGGAUUAGACUCUUAAAGAGUUCUGUAGAAGCCCCUAUUUUAUUUAUCUUUAAAAAGAAUAGUGGUCUAAAACUAUAUAUCAAUUAUCGGGGUCUUAAUAAAAUAACGAUAAAGAAUCGCUAUUUAUUAUUUUUAAUAUUAGAAAUUUUAGAUCGUCUGGCAGGCGUAAAAUUCUUUAUUAAAAUUAAUAUUCAAGACAAGAUAGCGUUUUAUACAAGAUAUAACCACUUUAAGUAUUUAAUAGUAUUUUUUGUAUUAUACAAUAUUCUAAAUAUCUGUUAUAUAGUAUAUCUAGAUAAUAUCUUAAUCUUUUUACUAGAUCGAGAGAGCUAUAUAAGGUAUAUUAAGUAG